UCACUCCACUCUCAUGUAGAAAAAGAAGCUAUUCCUUUGCAACAAGUCACUUUCCUUAUCUCUCACCUCACAACACAUGAUGAUUUAGUCAAACGACAACGACACGUUAUUAGAAACGCAAACUCACACAUACAUAUAACGCUUUCUAUCUUCCUCACACUACCCGCCAUAUUCACUCUCUCAACACUCUCUCUGUUUCUGUUUCUGUUUCUCUCUUGCCGAUUCAUCAAUGUUCGUUGACAAUGCCGGAGUUAGGGUUUCAGGAACGACGCUCAUGGAGGCGCGCAGGUUCUAGAAGAGGUGGCGGCGGCGGUGGUGAUACUAGCCCUGACUCCGUCAUCUUCACUCUCGAAUCCAACUUGAGCCUCUUCUCCUCCGCUUCCGCCAGCGUCGAUCGCUGCUCCUUCGACCAUGACUCUUUAGCCUCCGAUAUCUCCCUGCAAUUGGCAGUGCAAGGUGAUUUUGCUCAUAGCGAAAGCUGGAGUGGUCCAGAUCCAGAUCUCGAUCUGGAUCCAAACAAUCAACAACACCAUGCAGAUUCCGCAUUGCAGAUAAACAACCACCAAACACCUUUCCAUGGAAAGGGAGAACAAACAAAAGUUCAAAAGGAAGAGAGUGAUGCUGACACUGAAGACGGGAAUCAAUUCUUGGAAUUUGAUUCUGCUAGAAGCUCUUUCUCUCUAGCUCUCAAAGAGUGUCAGGAUCGGAGAUCAAGGUGUGAGGCUUUGUUUAAGAAGCAUGAUCGGCGAAGGCCGGCUUCGUUAGAUCUGAACAAUGCCAAUGCCAUUGGGACUAUUUCUUCGCCUCGAUUGGGAGGGGUUGGAGCUUUGAAGAAGAGCUCGAUUUCGUCUCGGAGGUCUGGCACUGGCACCGGCAUUGGCACAUUUCCGAGUCCUGGAACACCAAACUAUCGUCAAGGUGGUGUUGCAAUGCAAAAGGGGUGGAGCUCCGAGCGGGUUCCUUCUUCGCAUACAAGUGCUGCUCGCAAGCAGGUGGGUGCAGCUUUGUUGCCUUUGAGCAAUGGGAGAACGUUGCCUUCCAAAUGGGAAGAUGCUGAGAGGUGGAUUCUGAGUCCUGUGUCUGGUGAUGGCACUGGAAGGGCAUCCAUUGCGGCGGCACCGCAGAGGAAGCUAAAGUCAAAGAGCGGUCCACUUGGUCCGCCUGGUGCUGCAGCGGCUAAUGGGUAUUAUUCGUUGUAUUCCCCUGCGGGGCCAUUGUUUGAUGGGGGGAACUUUAUGGCAGCUUCUCCAUUUUCCGCUGCUGUUAAUGUCGCUGCUGCUGAUGGGUUAGUGGUUAGUUCCGGUGGCCAUGGUGGGGUGCUUCCCACCAGAAUGGAUCCUUGCAUGGCACGCUCGGUUAGUGUCCAUGGAUGCACUCAGAUGCAGAGCCAGUCAUCAAUGCCUGCCCAAGAGGAGAAGUUUGAUGGUUUCAAAGAUGCGGGUACCAAUGUAUCUCUUGCUGUUUCAAGGAGGGACAUGGCAACCCAGAUGAGCCCAGAGGGUAGCUCUUGCUCCUCUCCCAAUAUGAGGCUUUCUUUCUCUGCUUCCACUCCGCCUGCCUUGCCUCUCACUGAUUUGCACAGUGUCUCUUUCUCUAAAAUGGAUGUCAGAGAUGUCCAGGUAGAUGAACGUGUAACCAUGACAAGGUGGUCCAAGAAACACAGGGCCCUAUUCUCCGGUAGAGGUUCAGAAAAUGUUGACAGCUGGAAGAAGAAAGAAACAAGCACUCAACCUUCAUCUUGGGACAUUUCUGAAAGGCCAAAGACUGUUUCAAAGUCUAAAAGGGAGGAAGCCAAAAUAACUGCAUGGGAGAACCUGCAAAAGGCAAAAGCUGAGGCAGCAAUACGGAAAUUAGAGAUGAAAUUAGAAAAGAAGCGAGCAUCCUCUAUGGAUAAGAUUAUGAACAAGCUGAGGUUGGCUCAGAAAAAAGCUCAGGAAAUGAGGAGUUCAGCUUUAGCCAACCAGGCCCAUCAAGUUACUAGAACUUCUCACAAGGUUAUAUCAUUUCGUAGAACUGGUCAGAUGGGUUCUUUAAGUGGUUGUUUCACCUGUCACGCCUUCUAAGCUUCUCCAGCAUUCUUUUCUGUUCAAGUGAAGGUUUCGGAAUUCAGAAUGAUUUAAAUGUGCCACUUGUUAAUGAAUGAAUGGUGGAUAAAAGAGAGCAGCUUUACUAUGUUGGCGCUAAAUUGGUGUCAUCGCGGUUUUACAAUGCACGAAAUACCAGCACCUUCGAAAGGUAUCCGAUAAAAUCUACAUUUCUUGUGCCCUUUACCCUUGUGAGUUUUGAUUCAGUGAUAAAUAAUAUAUGUAUGUAAAGUAGGCCAAGCUUUAGAAAUAAGCUUCUUUUUGUGUUUUGGUUUUUCUCUGUUUUACUUGACAGUUCAGUUCACUGUUAAAUGUAAUCUAUUAUCUAUCUAUAGUUGAACGAUUAGUUAACCAUAAAUCUCUACAAUUUAGUCUUUC